CCCGGCGACGGGCGUUCGCGUCUGUCGCGUCGGGGCUCGCGCGGAGCGGCGUGUUUCGGCCGCGCCACGGCACGGGUAGCGAGCGCGACGCGAGUUGAGUCGCGCGCGAUCGGUUCGCGCGUGUGCCACGUACGGAGGGAUCGUUACGGUUUGUGCUCCCAGUGUGUGCCGCGGAAGAGGACGUCGGGGAAGUCGACGGCGUGAGUCGGUAACCACGCGCCGCGACGCGCGCAGCAGGUAGCCGGAGGAACGUCAGGUCGGGCAGCCCGAGCGCCACCGGCUUGUUGUCAAGAUGGCGUCCAAGGGGAAGCUAGACAUCGAGCAUGGCCGCUCAGACUCGUACAGGGUCGCCACGUUACCCAACAUUCGCGACGACAACAAAACCGCAGAUGGGAUGUACAAGUCGCGGCGGAAGAACCCAAAGCGAAGGGGGGACAACCUAGAUGACCUGAAGCAGGAGUUGGACAUUGACUUCCACAAAAUCUCACCCGAGGAACUGUAUCAAAGAUUUCAGACGCACCCCGAAAACGGCCUCAGCCACGCGAAAGCGAAGGAGAACCUGGAAAGAGACGGGCCGAACGCCCUGACGCCACCGAAGCAGACUCCGGAAUGGGUCAAGUUCUGCAAGAACCUGUUCGGCGGUUUCGCCCUCCUGCUGUGGAUCGGUGCGAUCCUCUGCUUCAUCGCGUACUCGAUCCAGGCCACGACCAGCGAGGACCCGAACGACGACAAUCUCUACCUGGGCGUCGUCCUCGCGGCGGUCGUAAUAGUCACGGGUAUAUUCUCGUACUACCAGGAGAGCAAGUCGAGCAAGAUUAUGGAGUCGUUCAAGAACAUGGUGCCACAAUUCGCCACCGUGAUCCGGGAGGGUGAGAAGCUCACCCUACGGGCGGAGGAUCUCGUGCUGGGCGACGUCGUCGAGGUGAAAUUCGGCGAUCGGAUACCGGCCGACGUCAGGAUCAUCGAGGCCCGUGGAUUCAAAGUGGACAACAGCUCGCUGACCGGCGAGUCCGAGCCGCAAUCGAGGUCGCCCGAGUUCACGAACGAGAACCCGCUCGAAACGAAGAAUCUCGCAUUCUUCUCGACGAAUGCGGUGGAAGGCACGGCCAAAGGCGUGGUGAUCUGUUGCGGCGAUCAGACGGUGAUGGGAAGGAUCGCGGGUCUCGCGUCCGGUUUGGAUACCGGCGAAACGCCGAUCGCCAAGGAGAUUCAUCACUUUAUACACCUCAUUACCGGUGUCGCUGUCUUCCUCGGCGUCACAUUCUUUGUCAUAGCCUUCAUCCUGGGUUAUCACUGGCUCGACGCCGUCAUCUUCCUAAUCGGUAUUAUCGUGGCGAACGUGCCGGAGGGUCUCCUCGCUACUGUGACCGUGUGCCUCACUCUGACCGCCAAGCGAAUGGCCUCGAAGAACUGCCUGGUGAAGAAUCUCGAGGCUGUGGAGACUCUGGGCUCGACCUCCACCAUCUGCUCGGACAAGACCGGAACCCUCACGCAAAAUCGUAUGACGGUGGCGCACAUGUGGUUCGACAAUCAGAUUAUCGACGCCGACACCACGGAGGAUCAGUCCGGCUUGCAGUACGACCGCACUAGUCCGGGAUUCAAGGCGCUCGCCAAGAUCGCGACCCUCUGCAAUCGCGCCGAGUUCAAGCCGGGCCAGGACGGUGAGUCGAUUCUGAAGCGAGAGGUGAACGGUGACGCCUCCGAGGCUGCGUUGCUCAAGUGCAUGGAACUGGCGUUGGGCGAUGUCAUGGGCAUUAGGAAACGCAACAAGAAAGCCUGCGAAAUCCCCUUCAAUUCCACUAAUAAGUAUCAGGUGUCCAUUCACGAAUCGGACGAUCCCAACGAUCCUAGACAUCUCUUGGUGAUGAAAGGUGCUCCCGAGAGGAUCCUGGACAGGUGCUCGACCAUAUUUAUCGGCGGCAAAGAGAAGGUUCUCGACGAAGAGAUGAAGGAGGCGUUCAAUAACGCCUACUUGGAAUUGGGCGGACUCGGCGAACGAGUGCUCGGCUUCUGUGAUUACACACUGCCGUCCGACAAGUUCCCGGUUGGCUUCAAAUUCAAUGCCGACGAUCUCAACUUCCCAGUCGACGGGCUCCGCUUCGUAGGCCUGAUGUCUAUGAUCGAUCCGCCCCGGGCUGCGGUGCCCGACGCGGUCGCCAAGUGCCGUUCCGCCGGCAUCAAGGUCAUCAUGGUUACCGGUGACCAUCCGAUCACUGCCAAAGCCAUUGCCAAAUCCGUCGGCAUCAUCUCUGAAGGUAACGAAACCAUUGAGGACAUUGCACAACGGUUAAAUAUUCCGGUAUCCGAAGUAAAUCCUCGCGAGGCUAAAGCCGCGGUCAUUCACGGAACCGAACUCAGGGAACUGAACUCCGACCAAUUGGACGAGAUUCUCAGGUACCACACCGAAAUUGUGUUCGCCCGUACUUCGCCCCAGCAGAAGCUCAUCAUCGUCGAAGGCUGCCAGCGAAUGGGCGCGAUUGUCGCUGUAACUGGCGACGGUGUGAACGACUCGCCUGCUCUAAAAAAAGCCGACAUUGGUGUCGCGAUGGGCAUCGCUGGUUCGGACGUAUCCAAGCAAGCUGCUGACAUGAUUCUACUCGAUGACAACUUUGCUUCGAUCGUAACAGGCGUGGAGGAGGGUCGUUUGAUCUUCGACAACCUAAAGAAGUCCAUCGCCUACACCCUGACCUCGAACAUACCCGAAAUCUCGCCUUUCUUGGCAUUCAUCCUCUGCGACAUCCCUUUGCCGCUGGGUACCGUCACCAUCCUUUGCAUCGAUUUAGGAACUGACAUGGUGCCGGCCAUCUCGCUAGCCUACGAGGCACCGGAGUCGGACAUAAUGAAACGGCAGCCACGCGAUCCUUACAGAGACAAUCUUGUCAACCGAAGGCUUAUUUCGAUGGCAUACGGUCAAAUCGGUAUGAUUCAAGCCGCGGCCGGCUUCUUCGUCUACUUCGUCAUUAUGGCUGAGAAUGGAUUCCUGCCUCUGUAUCUGUUUGGCAUUCGAAAGCAAUGGGAUUCCAAGGCUAUCAAUGAUCUUACCGACAGCUACGGCCAGGAAUGGACCUACAGAGAUCGCAAAACGCUGGAGUUUACUUGCCACACCGCUUUCUUCGUCUCGAUCGUAAUUGUGCAAUGGGCUGAUCUGAUUGUUUGCAAAACGCGCCGCAACUCGAUUAUUCACCAGGGAAUGAGAAACUGGGCUCUGAACUUUGGUCUCGUGUUUGAGACCGCGCUUGCUGCGUUCCUAAGUUACACGCCCGGCAUGGAUAAGGGUCUUCGUAUGUUCCCACUAAAAUUUGUAUGGUGGCUGCCAGCUCUACCGUUCAUGUUCGCCAUCUUCAUCUACGACGAAACGAGACGAUUCUACCUCCGCCGAAAUCCAGGCGGCUGGCUCGAGCAAGAAACUUACUAUUAGACGCAAAAAAAAGGAUUAAAUCACACGCAUGCAGAACGCGCGCGCAAGAGAAUGAAUGAACGGACGAAAGUAUGAGAGCGAGAGAGUGAAAGAAAAAGGAUGAGAGGAAGCGAGAGAGAGAGAGAAAGAGAGAGAGAGAGAAAGGGAGGGAGAGCGAGAGAGAGAGAGAAAGAGGAUGAGAGAAUGAGACGCAUACUCACACCUGAGAGAGAUACACUUGAAAAAAAAGAAAAAUAAGUAAAUCACUCAUAUUGAACAAAAUGUAACACAUUUCACAAGGGAUGUUGCUACUGGGUCUAUCCGAGUCGCGUGUCAGGAGAGCAACGGGUGGACAACGAAGGUACGCGCCAAGUCUUUGGCUCUCACGACACAAAAGGCGCGAAAUUAUACGGACACGGAAAAGACCCUCUAGUGCUAUAUAGGUACAGCGCGAGGUACAAAGAGCACGCUCGUCAUUCUGGCUUCGCUGCCAAUUGCUUGCACGCGCGUGCCGAGUUUCGCAGUCUCAGAAAUUGAUCCGGUGUUGGAAAGAUGGGGGAGAAGGUAUAUCGUCGGGGGGACUCCACCAUUAUUACUAUGGGAACGAUGUUAAUCGAAAGGCCACGCUUUCCUUUCUGCAUUCGAUUACAACACGACUACGGGGCUUUCCGGUGACGACGGGUGCUGCUGCUGCUGUCAUAUUCUGGACAGGAUAUAUUCUGCAAGCGUCACUCGAAGAUGGAACGAAGGAACGAGAGAAUGAAAUAGAAAAUCGCUGAGUUGGAUAGCGUCGCAACGCGACUGAUGCACGAGUGUCAGGCCUAAAGAAACGUGAUAACGCGACGAAACGCGAAAAGGAAGCCGAAACGGCGAGGGGAACGGAAAUCCGGGAUGGCAGCGAAAACGGACAUACUCGAAAGAGACGAGGCGAGGCGUUUACGCGCGAUCGAGAAUUACGGAAUCAUGUGCGUCCUUAUGUAUGUCGAAUGCGAUUUACUACAUUCACGCGACUUCUUACUACUAGUGGCGUAUUAUCGUAGAUAUCUUUGCGUUACUACGAAACUUGAUAAUAGGCUUUCGUUGAUCGUCGAUCAAUGCGCGCAAAAUAUCGGUACGCUAGGAUCGGCACACUCAACACGUCCUCCAUUGAGAAGAACUUUAGUUGGAAGACGAGAGACGAGAGACUCACUGAAAAACAAGAGGAUCAGAGACCGACGCGAAAGAGCAAAGAAAGAAAGUGCUCAAUGUAACAGGAGAACCGUUAAAAAAGUUCUUAGGGAUUUCGCGUGACGCGUUGAAAUACUUCAUACGAAAAUUAAUUGUUAAUUGUAACGAAGGACCUGAUAUGACAGGUAUCAGGUACGGUCUAUAGUCAUACGUCAUGAUAAAAUAACUAAAAUAAAGGAGAGAGAAAGAGAGAGCGAGAGAGAGAGAAAGAGAGCGA